AACGAGAACAAGAUCACUGCGGAACGGGUUUAGCAAGUGUAGCGACUGCAGAGCGAGAGUGAGGCACAUUUGGAACGAGGACGAGAGCGAGGUAGGACAGAGACCACGGAGCAAGUCAGGAACGGGGUCAACAGCGAGGCUUGGAGAACCAAGAACGAGGUCUGCGACCCUGAGGUGUCGUACGAGGCCACGUCAUUGGCACAGCUCCCCUUGACCAUCAUGCACCCCUUUCGACCCACAUUCCCCCCACUCCGGAAGCAACAGACUAGCCCGCCCCUCGAAUAUCGCGCCCGGGAGCACGACACUCCCGAGCUGCACAACUGGAGCCCACCGCGAGGGGUGGUUCCCUAUUCGUGCUUCUUCCGCUCCGCCUACAGCCUCGCGUCAUCGCGCUCAGAGCACAGGCAAGCACACACAAUCCACCCCAUUCAUUUCCCAUCCACUACCGAAGUCACCACUGGGAUCGUGUACAUGCGAGCCGAGGAAUAUUCCCUUCAUUGCCAGUCUACCAUUACAGCGCAUGUGGAACCGACACCAACGCGCGAUGCGGACGUAGUCGCGAGGUCGACCGCAACGGUACGGUUCGAGUCAGUCACAGAGUCGGCGACUAGUCGUCUCAGAGGCGACAGCACGUACGCACUCGAUGAGCUCUUCACAGCCUCAACAUGUGCACCCUGGACUUACGAGCGGGCUACGGGACCGGGACCCGCGACCGCGACCUACGAGCCAGCUACCGCACACGCAGGCGGCAUGGUGACUGAAUCCACGGAAUCGCAGAACCCCACUGGUGAUCCCGGGGGUCAACACGGUGCGCAGACGAGCGUCGCUGCGGAAAGACAGGGACUCGAGACGAUGAUUCAGGAGCGAGUCGCCUGGCACGCGCGCAUUGUCUUAGUCGAGGACGCCUCUCGCGGUGGGACGGCCGACUCGGACGCCCACGUCACCGUACGCUCGCAGGUUCACCGAGGCUGCUCACUCACGCUUCGCGAGUUCUGGAAUGGAGUAGCAAGUACGGCGAGGACACACGAAGGAGCUACCCUGAGCGAGAGCAUCACCGUGACGAUGAGACCCGGGACGAACGCGAGCACCGACGAUUCAAGCAUUCACGAGCAAUCCGGAGGCAUGCGUGGAGGUGUAGCUGCCGGUUCGGGGAGGCAACACGCGAUGAAUAGAAGAAGUAGCUGGGAGGUGUACACGGGUAAUGCAAGCUCUAUGACACAGGUACCUACGGAAGCGUCGGGCAGCAGUCCAUGUCCACUCGACGAUCUCUUCCUCGAAAUAUCGCGGCUCAGAGCAAGAACGUUCGAGCGAGUCGACGAACCUGCGGGAGAUAGACUUGCUAGGAUCAAGGCCACGCGGACCAGCGACGCAAUAUCGUCGGACACCAGUGUUAGUCCCACGAACUCGGAGCAGACGACGCACCCGCACAACAGGUCGGAAGGAGUUGCAGCGGCGAACAGAGGGCGGGACGAGCGUUCAGCUAGGCGAGCAUCACUGCAUCAAUUCAGCUUAUGCGAGCGCGUCGUAACGGAAGAUACACGAGCGACUUUAGGGCUCGGAGCCUGUCGCGCGAAGGUCAACUUCAGGAUGCUAGAGAGGUCAGGAUACGAGAGCCGGAGCGAACGUUCAACCGGCAGGUCCUGGAGUCCAGCGAGUAACCGAGCACGCGAGCAAGGGAUUCAAAGAUUAGAGGCAACUAGCAACAUUAGCAUCGAAUACAAGGAUAUGCGAGAGCGAGAGGGGCAAGGACGGGAGGCGGGGAGGAGACGCCAUUGGCCAAGGUGCAGACCGCGACUGAGACGUACACGAUCGACCACCGUGAGUACAAAGCGCACAACCACGGCGCGGAGAUAGAGGAAGAGGUCGGGAAUCUGCUGGCGGCGCCGAGACGAGGCUUCACGGUCGAAGACGAUUACCCGCGGCCGGAGGAGCGAACGGGAACUGAGACACGAGGAUCAGGACGGGCGCGAGAAGUGAUUACGGAGGUUAGACUCACCGGUGGAAUCACUGGGAGCGACG